AUGAAGAGACCUCCUGCUGUGCUAUUUUAUCUCCUCCUCCUCAUGAGUGGAGGCCUUGCAGCAAAUCCCCGCAGGACUGUUUCCUUUCAAGACAUGAACUUAAAACAGUUCAAAGAGUCUGGCUUUGGCAGUUUGAGCUCUUUGAUGAUAAGAGACGACAUCGGCCAGCUUGUCGUCGGAGCCAGAGGGAGAGUGCUCACCCUCAGCCUGGAUGAUAUCACCAGAAAGACCAGCGAGGCCGAAUGGACAGUGGGUUCAGCAGACAAAGACCUCUGUCAAAUGAAGGGCAAGGACGCUACGGAAUGUGAUAACUUCAUCCGGACUCUACACACCACGGAGGACGGUAAAAUGCUAGUGUGUGGAACAAAUGCUUUCAACCCUGCAUGUGACUACAUGACUUUGACAAAUGGAAAUGUCUCCCUAGAGGGAAAGAAAGAGGCGGGUCGGGGGAAAGUCCCCUUUGACCCCUACCAACGCUUUGCUUCCCUUAUGGAUGGAAACACUUUGUACUCGGCCGCAUCCUCCAACUUUCUGGGCAUAGAGCUGGUGUUUCAGAGACACGGACUGAACCCGCUCAAGACUGAAAUGAAACGCUCCUGGUUCAAUGAGCCAACCAUGAUUUCCAUAAACCUUGUUGAAGCAAGCAAAAACAGUGAGGGCGGAGAAGACGACAAUGUAUUCUUGUUCUUCACGGAGAACGCUGUGGAGGAACGUAAAGACAACAUCCAGGUGUCAAGGAUUGCCCGUGUGUGUAAGAGUGACUUGGGGGGCAAAAGGACCCUGCAGAAAAAGUGGACUUCUUUCUUGAAGGCCCGCCUGGACUGUCCAUUUGGCGAUGCUGGCUCUCCGUCUCUGGUCCAGGACGUUUUCCUUCUCCAAGACCAAAAUAACUGGACGAAUACCAUCUUCUACGCCACAUUCACCUCCAAUUCGGAAUCCUCAGCUACUUGCAGCCAGUCUGCUGUCUGUGCAUACAAGCUGUCAGACAUCACGCAGGUGUUCAGUGGGAGGUUUCUGACUGAGAGUCAUACUGGGAGCUGGGACACAUACACAGGAGAGGAGCCAUUCCCUCACCCUGGUUCAUGCAUUAAUGAUGAACUGCGGGCCCAAGGCGUGAUGACCUCUCUCGACCUCUCAGACAAAACCCUGCUGUUUGUGAAGAAUCACCCUCUGAUGAAGGGGGCGGUCGCACCAAUAACUGGCAAACCUCUGCUGGUACGCACAGGGACACGAUUUUCCAAAAUGGUCGUGGACCAAGUCACGUCACUGGAUGGACUACGGCAUCAAGUCAUGCUCAUUGGCACAGACUCUGGCUGGCUGCAGAAGGCAGUGAGGUUUGAUGGUGAAGACGGCCGCAUCAUCGAGGAGCUGCAGCUGUUUCACACUCCUCAGCCUGUCAACCUCCUCCAGCUCUCCUCCAAAACUGGCCAGCUGUACAGCGCCGCCAAUGGCGUUGCUGUUCAGGUUAAUGUGAGGGACUGCAGCCGCUACACAUCAUGUGAGGACUGCCUUCUUGCCAGAGACCCUUACUGCGGCUGGGACCAUAUCAAAGGCCAGUGUGCGUCUGCUGUUGGCACAUUACAUGGGUCCAUGAUUCAGAGUUUGACUGAUGGAGACAUCAGUAUGUGCCCGAUCUCUGAGUUGAAAAUGACACCUACCGUAGUCCACCUCACCAUCGGGGUAGCGCAGUUCCUCCCAUGUUCCCCUGAGACGAACCUCCCGAUCAGCUGGCGCUUCUCGGACAGCAUCCUCCUCCCUGGUCCCAGGCACACUGUUCUCAGCCAGGGUCUCAUCAUCAGACCAUCCUAUUCAGACUCUGGCCUUUACACCUGUGAGACAGUGGAAAGAGUAAAGAGUAAAGUGCACCGGAAGACUGUGGUCCAGUACCUUGUCCAGGUUCAGGACGUAUACACUGUUGUCAGGAACCUGAGGUUGGCUGUAAUCACCUUGGCUGUUUCCACCGGCUUGCUGAUAUUGUGCAGCAGCCUUGUGAUCAGACACCUAAAUGCAAAAAAUUAA